CAGCCAAUAAGAAUCGUUUAGCGCCUUUGCGUAAACAAACUCGCACUUAGUCGAUUAUCGAAUAUGGCAAAUUCUACUCCUCAAAUAAACAUGACCGAACAUUUUAAUGCGGAGCAUAGUCAACAAACUACAUUGAUGGAUUCUAAUAGUCCAAAAGAUUGUCGACGAGCUAACGAUGAUGCGGCGAAAAAGAAAUCCCGAAGGAAUCGUACGACGUUUAAUAGUACUCAAUUGGCCGCUCUAGAGAGAGUCUUUGAGAGGACCCACUACCCGGACGCUUUCGUCAGGGAAGAGUUAGCAAAGAGAGUCGACCUGAGUGAGGCAAGAGUUCAGGUAUGGUUUCAAAAUAGAAGAGCUAAAUUUAGAAGGAACGAAAGAAGUGUAGUAGCUCAGAGGAGUUCCGUCCUAUCGGCUGCUGGAGUUUUUUCACCAAAAGAAGAACAACCGGUUAACGGUUUACAUCACGACCUUCAAAUUCCUUGCCAAACUUCAACGGCAUCUACGCCUUCACCGUUGUUCCCCCACAAUGAUUUUAAUCCACAAAACUGGUCAAGUACAACGCAUCAGAGCCCUUAUCAUAGACCCCAGGGUACAAGCCAUUAUGUACCUUAUAAAAAAUCAAGGGAUUUCUAUAAUUUUCCCGCCUUGGCAAACUUGUACGAAUGACGUUGUUUUCUUUGUUUUGUUUCCACAUAUUUGUCCCAUAAAAUUUAUGUAAUUACAUGCAUAUUAUAUGUAUAAUAUAGGUUACAUUAUAUUAUACAUGUAUUUUCGUAUAUACUUGUAUAAUCUUUUUAUAUUGGUUUAUCGAUUCCUUAGUUUUUGAAAAUCUAUGGGUCCGGUUAAACAUUGGGAAUGAGGUGAUUUUCUUCAAUCUGUGCCUCGGUAUUCUAGAAAGCAGAGGACAAGUUGUCUGCAGUCUAAAUAUCGUCUUUAACAUUAAAUAAUUUUGUUUUAAUGAACAAGAAACAUAUCGAUUUAAGAGAAUUACGCUUAAUAAAUGUUACUCUAUAAAAUACCUUUAAAAUAAAAGAAGAAUUAUACUCAUAUCUUAUCAUUUAAAUACACUGUACCAUUUUAG